AUGCAUAUGGGUCGCUCCCAAGUGAUGAUGGUCACAGGGCAGGUCCGCCCCCCUUCCGGGGAGCGCACGGCGCACCAGGGGCACGCCGCAAGUCUGCUUCCCGCCAGGCUGCGAAGUACACAAGCGCUGCUGCUCAGAAAGCAAGUACGGCUCUCCGCGGCUGCUGCAAAGUCACGCACGUACGCUUCCCGCACAGCGUGUGUUAACGUGGACUCUGGUCCGGGCUCUGGUUCUGGUUCCUCCUCGGCUGCGGCGAAACCGUCAGCAUCUUCAGAUGCUUCCGCGUCGUCAGCAUCUUCAUGGCGAAUCGACCUCAUAGGACGCGUCGUUAUCAAUUUUCACCGGCUCCUGUUGCGCAUUGGCACUUGUGACAGCUAUGUUUGUCGGAAGGCUCGGGGGCAGGGCAUUCUGAAGCUGCUUUGCUCUAACCCGUCGCCUUUUAUUCCUCUUUGCUUUGGCAAUGCUCUUCUUAAUUGGUCCUCGACCUUCAUGAACGAGUGA